GGUCACGAUACUUCGCCGCGCCGAUCGGAUUACUCCCAUGAAAUUGCAGGCCGGCUCGGGGGAUAAUGCGUCCUUCUUGAGCAACAGCACGCUUGUUUGUCAGCAGCGGCCUCUGCCGGGUAAGCGGGCACGGUGCCGUUGCGUACACAUCAGUGAAAUCGACAGCUCCGCGGACGCAAGUUGGGUCAGGAUCGUCCCCGAGUCCCUUCAAACUUUCAAAAUGGGUGUGGGCGUUAUACUAGUGAAACCACUUCCUCGCCGUCCUUGCUGCUGUGGGCGACCAUUUCAAACCUCACUGCGCAAGCUUUCCGUGUCUUGGGCGUGUAUGGCGGAAUGUCUUCCAGCCAGUGCGGGCGCCCGCGUUGCAUAUAAAUGUGCGCAGCCGUCGACAAGGAUGCACAACAAGGAUCACCAACACCUCGCUGCGGCACCCACAACUCGAGAUGUCUACUCCCCGUAUCUGGUUUAUCACCGGCUCCUCCACCGGUUUCGGCCGUCAGCUCACUGAGCUCGUCCUCGAGAAGGGCGAGAAUGUCGUCGCUACCGCCCGCCGUCCGUCUGCGCUCGACGACCUCAAGGCGAAGUACCCGGCCUCGCGCCUUCUCGUCGUCAAGCUCGACGUGAACAACAAGGACGAGAUCAUCGCGGCCUUCAAGCAGGCGCAGGAGGCGUUCGGGCGGAUCGAUGUCGUCGUGAACAAUGCCGCGUGGGGCGCACUCGGGGAGGUCGAGGCGAGCCGCGACGAGGACGUGCGCGCGAUGUUCGAGACGAACGUGUGGGGCGCCGCGAACGUGACGCGCGAGGCCGUGCGCUUCUUCCGGGACGUGAACUCGCCUGUCGGCGGACGUUUGCUGCAGAUAUCGUCUAUGGCUGGGUUUGCGUCCAUGCCGUCAUGGGGGUUCUACUCAGCAUCUAAGCACGCGUUCGAGGGUCUCACUGAGGGUCUCGCGUCGGAGAUUGAUCCCGCUUGGAACAUCAAGAUCACUAUUAUCGAGCCCGGAGGUUUCCGCACGGAGGGCAAGGAGAAGGUCGUGUUUGCGCCCGAGCACCCCGCGUACAGCAACCCGAACCUCCCCGUCACCCAGAUGCGCAAGCACUGGGACUCGUUCAGCCCCAAGGGCGACGCGAAGAAGGGCGUCGACGCGUUCUACAAGAUCGCCUCUCUGGAGAACCCGCCGCUCCGCGUGCCGCUAGGCAAGGACAGCAUCGCGAUGCUGCGGAAGAAGAUCGCGUCGCUCACGGCCGACGUGGACAACUACGAGUACCUCUCCGAGGACUUGGAAGUCGAUGAGUAA